AUGAGAGAAUGGUUUGCAUACAGGAUGCAAAAAAGGAAUGGAGAGAGUCAAGUAUUGUUGAACUCGAAAAAACUAUAUCAACAGUUUCAAGUUGAUGGCUUUUCAAUGAUAGAAUCUCAACGACUGAAUUUCAUUAGAUUUAAUCAGGACAAGCUUAGGGUUGACAUGUAUAAGGGACUUCAGGAAAUGAUUGUCAAGGGUGACGGUGAAGGCACGUCUGCUGGAAUGUGCAUAGUUCUUCCAUCGACAUUUACAAACGGUCCCAGAUAUAUGUUUAAGAACUUCAUGGACGCCCUCCAGAUAUGCAAUUGGAUUGGAUUUCCAUCGCUUUUUAUAACAAUAACAUGCAAUCCCAAGUGGCCAGAAAUACAAAGGGUGUUGAGAGAUACGAAUCUGCGUCCCGAAGAUCGACCUGAUAUUCUUUGUCGCGUGUUCAAGAUGAAACUGGACAGUCUGAUCUCAGAUUUCAAAAAAGGGCACAUUUUCGGACGGAUAAGAUCAUACGUCUGCACCAUUGAGUUCCAAAAACGUGGUUUGCCGCAUGCGCACAUCUUUCUUUGGUUGCAUAACGACGAUAAGCCAAAAUGUUCGGAAGAUAUUGAUCGAAUAAUAUGUGCCGAAAUACCCGAUAAGACUUGCGACCGAAAAAUGUAUAAGUUGGUAAAAAAAUACAUGAUCCACGGACCAUGCGGGCAUGCGAACAUGAAUUCUCCCUGCAUGAAUGAUGGUAUUUGCACCAAGCGCUUUCCAAAGAGAUUUGUGCAACGUACUGAGGCUGACGAUGAAGGAUACCAUUCGUAUAGAAGAAGGGAAGACGGCCGGACAGUAACGAAGAAGAAAACAAUAUUAGACAAUGGGUAUGUCGUUCCUUACAACCGUGCUCUACUGUUGAAAUACAUCGAGCUCUGUAACCAGAACAAAUCGAUAAAGUAUCUUUUCAAAUAUGUCAACAAGGGCAAUGAUCGAGUUACAACUGCCUUUUAUCAGUCACGUAAUACCAAUGACUGUGAACAAAUACGCGAUGAGAUAAAAAUGUACUACGACUGCAGGUACUUAUCUGCAUGCGAGGCCAGUUGGAGGUUGUUUGGGUUUGAUAUUCAUUACAGAGACCCCCCCGUGAUUCGUUUGAGCUUCCACCUACCUGAUUGUCAAAUGGUUGUGUAUCACGAAAAUCAACAUUUGCAGAACGUAGUCAAUAGACCGUCUGCCAAACAAAGUAUGUUCUUAGCUUGGUUUGAGGCAAACAAGCGGUUUCCGGAAGCCAGAACAAUCAAGUAUGCGGAUUUCCCACAGCACUUCGUUUACUCAAACGAGUCUAUGUCAUGGGAGCCACGAAAAAAAGGAUUUUCAAUCGGAAGACUUAAUAAUGUUCCCCCAGGGAAGGGAGAAGACUACUAUCUGAGGUUGUUGCUUAAUAUUCAAGCUGGUUGCACAAGCUAUGAAGAACUCAGAAGCAUGAAUAUGAAGGUCUACGAUACCUUUAGGGACGCAUGCUACGUAUUAGGUUUGUUGCAGGAUGACAAAGAGUACAUUGACGGCAUAAAGGAAGUAAGCAGAUGGGCGAGCGCAUACUGCACAAGAUUACUGUUCGCUAUUAUGUUAUUGGCAAAUAAUUUGAGCAGGCCUGAGUAUGUAUGGGAGAAAUGUUGGUCGGAGUUAUCUGAUGACAUGAAUUACAGACACCAAAAGCGUCAUAAUAAUCCAGCGUUAACCUUAUCAGAGGAUGACUUGAAGAAUUACGCCCUCAUUGAGAUUGAGAAAAUACUGCAGGGCAAUGCACAUUCUAGAUUUGGACUCCCGAUAAUUGUGCAUGAGAGCUCCACUUGCAGCAUCAAACAACAAUUUCCUCAAGCAGAGCUGUUGAUUGAAGCAAAUCUUAUUAUAUGGGAUGAGGCCCCGAUGAUGCAUAGGUUUUGUUUUGAAGCAUUAGACAGAACCAUGCGAUCGAUUUUGAAUUCUGAAAAACCUUUUGGUGGUAAGGUUAUCGUACUUGGUGGUGACUUUAGACAGAUAUUACCUGUUGUACUUAAAGCAUCGAGGCAAGACAUCGUACAUGCUACGAUCAAUUCAUCACCAUUGUGGAGAGAAUGUCGUGUCAUGAGGUUGCAUAAAAAUAUGAGGCUUCAGUUGAAUUCAUCUUCAUCUAGCCAAGAUGAAAUAAGGGAAUUUGCAGAAUGGAUUCUGAGAAUUGGAAACAGAGAAGCUGGAGACUACAAUGAUGGUGAGGCCUCGAUUGAAAUUCCUGAGGACAUGCUGAUUCGAGAAUCAGAGGAUGCUUUUUCAGAGCUACUGCAGUUUGUGUAUUCGGAUUUGUUGAAUAACAUUGCCAAUCCUGAUUUCUUUCAAGGGAGGGCCAUUCUGGGGCCUACAAAUGAGAGUGUUAUAUAUGUGAACGAUUAUCUGUCGUCACUUAUUGAAGAAGAGGAAAAGGUUUACCUGAGCUCUGAUAGUCUGUGCAUGGACGAAGCAGAUUCCGAGAUUAAUGCAGAAAUUUAUUCCACCGAAUUUCUCAAUACAAUAUCGUGCUCCGGUCUGCCGCCGCAUGAGCUAAAAUUAAAGAAAGAAGUUCCCGUCAUGCUCAUUAGGUAUAUCGAUCAAGCAAGAGGUUUAUGCAAUGGAACUCGUCUCCAAGUUGAAAGACUGGGCAUGCAUGUAAUUAGUUGCAAAGUAUUAUCCGGUAAGAAUGUUGGCGACAUGGUAUUUAUUGCUCGGAUGACUUUGAUACCUUCGAAUUCCACAUUGCCAGUUAAAUUUCAAAGACGUCAGUAUCCGGUGAUUAUAUCAUUUGCCAUGACAAUCAACAAAAGUCAAGGGCAAACUCUCUCGCACGUUGGAUUGUACCUUCCAAGGCCUGUUUUCAGUCACGGUCAAUUGUAUGUAGCGUUGUCUCGAGUAAAGAGUAGAUCUGGAAUAAAGAUUUUAAUAAAGGGCGAAUCCGGUGAGUUGUCCAGUGUUACUAGCAACGUCGUGUACAAAGAAGUAUUCGAAAGAAUAUGA